UUGACACCAGUCUCUUACGCAGCGCUCGGCGGACACACGCUCCAUUCAUCCUUGCGUCUUUAUUUACCGGUGUGCCCGACUGGCGUUGCGUGUUUGAAGUGGUCUCCGGGCAGGCAUGUCAGGCUCAACUUCCCCGCCUCCCUCGGCAGAGGCUGUGCGGACCGAGGGGUGUUUUCCCCCGGGAUACAAGCCUUUCAAACCUGAGGAGCACGGCCUCGAGCGCGGGUUCCGUCUCACAGCCUUCUCGGACCUGAAGGGAUGAGGCUGCAAGGUCCCGCAGGAGGCUCUGCUCAAACUCCUGGCGGGACUGGAGGCGGACCGGGCUGACGAGACAGGGAAGGCCGGAGACCAAACAUCGGAGUUCGGCCAGCAGUUGCCUGGCCCUCGACUCGGUGUAGGAAUGGACUGCUGUGUGAUUCCCCUGAGACAUGGAGGACUCUCACUGGUCCAGACCACAGACUUCUUCUACCCUCUAGUGGAGGAUCCCUACAUGAUGGGCAGGAUAGCAUGUGCUAACGUCCUUAGUGAUCUCUACGCCAUGGGCAUCACAGAGUGUGAUAACAUGCUGAUGCUGCUCAGUGUCAGCCAGAAGAUGAAUGACAAGGACCGUGAGCGUGUGAUGCCGCUGAUGAUUCAAGGUUUUCGAGAUGCAGCAGAGGAGGGAGGGACUUCUGUGACAGGUGGCCAGACUGUGAUCAACCCCUGGAUCAUCGUAGGAGGAGUAGCAUCAGUCGUCUGCCAGCCUAAUGAGUUCAUCAUGCCGGAUGGUGCUGUACCAGGUGAUGUCUUGGUCCUGACUAAACCUCUGGGGACGCAGGUGGCUGUGAACGCUCACCAGUGGCUCGAUCAGCCUGAAAGGUGGAACAAGAUCAAGCUAGUUGUCACCAAAGAGGAAGUUAAAGAGGCCUAUCAGGAAGCCAUGUUCUCCAUGGCAACACUAAACCGCACAGCGGCAGGCCUAAUGCACAAGUUCCAGGCCCACGCUGCAACAGACGUGACGGGUUUCGGAUUGUUAGGGCACGCCAACAACCUGGCAGCACAGCAACGAAACGAGGUGGCCUUUGUCAUCCACAACCUCCCAAUCAUAGCCAAGAUGACUGCCAUCAGUAAAGCCUGUGGAAACCUGUUCAACCUGGUUCAGGGCACGUCAGCAGAGACCUCUGGUGGGCUGUUGGUGUGUCUGCCCAGAGAGCAGGCAGCCAAGUUUUGUUCAGAGAUGAAGAGCCAGAGCUCCGGAGCUGGAGGUCAGGGUGCGGCGGGCGGAGCAUGGAUCAUCGGAAUCGUAGAGAAAGGUGACCGCCGCGCUCGCAUCAUCGAUAAGCCCCGCAUCAUUGAGGUUCCACCACGAGGAAGCCAGGCAGCGAAUCAGGACAACAGCUCCACCAGCCCUGCCCCCAGCCCCAAUUUGUCAUAGACACUGCUGCUCCUCUGACACUGGUCCAGUGUGUGUGUGUGUGUGUGUGUGUGUGUGUGUGUGUGUGUGUGUGUGUGUGUGUGUGUGUGUGUGUGUGUGUGUGUGGUGAUGUUGCUGUUCAUCUCAUCCCCCUUUUCAGUCAAAGCGCUGAGAGCACAGACCAAAAUCACUGUCAUCUUUUCCAGUGGGAGAAGAAAUGGACAGCAUACACUAUUAUUUAUCCAUCUAUGGAAGGAGCUGCUGAAAAAGGCGAAUCUCUCACCAGUUUGGAAUGCAAUGUAAAUUCAGGGUAGUACUACCCCACCCAACUCCUUUUUAUUUAGAUCUGCACUCCUUGCCUUUCUUUCCCCCCUGUCUUAAUCUGUGUACUUCAUUGACUUUAUAUAAUUUAUUUGAAUGCAAAAAAAGUCUAUGGAAAAAUUCUAGAGAGAAAACAUUCCACAUCAGUCUUGCCAAACUCAGCAAAUACUGAAAUUGAGUGUGUGUGUGAGUAUUUUAUCAUCCAACUGGGGUGUUUUGCUGUUAGGAGGUGGAGCAGAGAUUUUUCUUGACUUUUUUGUUUUUGGAAGUGGAUGAUGUUAAUGUCUCAUGUUGGUGAAUGUAUCAUGUGGAAAAGAAAGAUUUCAUCGGCCCUGGCACCUGGCUCUGUCCACCCAAAGGAAGGUUUGAGCAGCUUCCUUUGGACCGGCUGGGCGGUGUUCAGAAUGUCCUGUCAGCUGAUUGGCUGUCCAGCAUGGAGUCCCUCCCACCCUUCCUUUUUAUGAAGCUCCGCCUCUUAAACCUCGGCCAACGGGGCCAGGUGGAGUGGAUGUUUGCCUUUGGAUUGGGGUCGGACUUAGCCUGUUGGCAGUCUAAAGCUGUGUUUGUAGAUUUCCUUUUCACAAUCAAUAAAACCAUCAUCAACUCAGA